CUCAACCAUAGGGUUUGGCGAUAGUAAAAAGUGUUGUAACCUUACAUAGCUGAGUGGUACAUACUGGCAAGAGUUGGGAAUACUGCAUCCAUUUUCAUCCCAGAAAAUGUACGAUCCUCUGAGGACGCGUGGUGGCGCUGCAGGAUAAGAAGGUAUAAACCAGAACCGCAGCUGCGGCUCUAUUUACAGGCAAAACUCCCCAGCAGAACUAGGAAGCCCAAGGAAACCUUGGAUGCCACAGGAGAACUGGGUCCUUUGUAAAGGACUACGCACCAGAAUAUUUCUGAGGUAUCUUGUGGAAGAACCAGCCUCUGAUACUGAGGGCUUUACAGCACAGCGGAACUAUCCUCGCCUGAAGCUACACCGAGGAAGAACAAUGGAGUCCAGCAGGAAGCUCAUUUGCAGACAAAGGCAAGUCCUUUUUUUCUUUCUUUUCUUGGGCUUGGCUCAGGCAGGCUCUGAACCUAGGCGCUAUUCUGUGGUGGAGGAAACUGAGGGGAGCUCUUCAGUAACCAAUUUAGCAAAGGACCUGGGUCUGGGGCAUGGGGAUCUCUCCAGGAGGGGAGCUAGAGUCAUUUUCAAAGGAAAUAAACUGCAUUUACAGCUCGAUCAGGAGACUGGGGAUUUACUGCUUAAUGAGAAACUGGACCGGGAGGAACUGUGUGGUCACACAGAGCCCUGUGUGCUGCGUUUCCAGGUGUUGCUAGAGAAUCCCUUAGAGUUUUUUCAAGCUGAGUUACAAGUAAUAGACAUAAAUGACCAUGCUCCAGUGUUCAUAGACAGAGAUAUGUUGCUAAAAAUACCAGAGAGCACUUCUCCUGGAACUACCUUUCCUCUGAAGAACGCUCAGGAUGUGGAUGUAGGCCGAAAUAAUAUUGAAAACUAUAUAAUCAGUCCUAACUCCUAUUUUCGGGUCAUCACCCGAAAACGCAGUGAUGGCAAGAAAUAUCCCGAACUUGUGCUGGACAAAGUGCUGGAUCGUGAAGAGGAACCUGAUCUCAGGUUAACCCUCACUGCUCAUGAUGGCGGCUCUCCACCCAGGUCUGGCACCGCUCAGAUUUACAUCGAAGUCGUGGACAUCAACGAUAACGCCCCUGAAUUUGAGCAGCCUUUCUUUAGGGUGCAGAUCCCUGAGGACAGUCCAGUAGGCUUCCUGAUUGCCAACGUCUCUGCUACGGAUAUAGACACAGGAGUCAAUGGAGAGAUUUCCUAUUCACUUUUCCAGGCUUCAGAAGAGAUUAGCAAAACCUUUGAGAUCAGCCCCAUGACAGGAGAAAUUCGACUGAAAAAACAACUUGAUUUUGAAACAACUCAGUCCUAUGAGGUCAAUAUCGAGGCCAGAGAUACUGGAGGUCUUUCUGGAAAAUGUACUGUUCUGAUUCAAGUCAUGGAUGUGAACGACAAUGCCCCUGAAGUCACCAUGUCUGCACUUACCAGACAGAUCCCUGAAAACCGGCCCGAGACGGUGGUUGCAGUUUUCAGUGUUUCAGAUCUUGAUUCGGAAGAGAAUGGGAAAAUACGUUGCUCCAUUCAAGACGAUCUACCUUUUUUCUUGAAAUCCUCCACGGAAAACUUUUACACCCUCGUAACCGAGAGACCGCUAGACAGAGAGACCAGAGGGGAAUACAAUGUCACCAUCACCGUCACGGACUUGGGGACACCAAAGCUGAAAAAACAGCACAACAUAACAGUGCUGGUGUCCGACGUCAACGACAACGCCCCCGCCUUCACCCAGGCCUCCUACACCCUGCGGGUCCGCGAGAACAACAGCCCCGCCCUGCACAUCGGCACCGUCAGCGCCACAGACACAGACGCCGGCGCCAACGCCCAGGUCACCUACUCGCUGCUGCCGCCCGCCGACCCGCACGUGCCCCUGGCCUCCCUCGUGUCCAUCAACGCCGACAACGGCCACCUGUUCGCCCUGCGGUCCCUGGACUACGAGGCCCUGCGCGCCUUCGAGUUCCGCGUGGGCGCCGCCGACCGCGGCUCGCCGCCGCUGAGCAGCCAGGCGCUGGUGCGCGUGCUCGUGGAGGACGACAACGACAACGCGCCCUUCGUGCUGUACCCGCUGCAGAACACCUCGGCGCCCUGCACCGAGCUGCUGCCCAGGGCGGCCGAGCCGGGCUACCUGGUGACCAAGGUGGUGGCGGUGGACGGCGACGCGGGCCAGAACGCCUGGCUGUCGUACCAGCUGCUCAAGGCCACGGAGCCCGGGCUGUUCGGCGUGUGGGCGCACAACGGCGAGGUGCGCACGGCCAGGCCGCUGAGCGAGCGCGACGCGGCCAGGCACAGGCUGCUGGUGCUGGUCAAGGACAAUGGCGAGCCGCCGCUGUCGGCCAGCGUCACGCUGCACGUGCUGCUGGUGGACGGCUUCUCGCAGCCCCACCUGCCGCCCCCGGAAGCGGAAGCGGAGGCGGCGGCCGCGGCGCCGGCCGACCCGCUCACCGUCUACCUGGUGGUGGCCUUGGCGUCCGUGUCGUCGCUCUUCCUCUUCUCGGUGCUGGUGUUCGUGGCGGUGCGGCUGUGCGGGCGGGGCGGGGCUGCGCGGGCGGGUCGCUGCUCGGUGCCCGAGGGCCCCUUCCCGGGCCACCUGGUGGACGUCAGCGGCACCGGCACCCUGUCCCACAGCUACCAGUAUGAGGUGUGUCUAAUGGGAGAUACUGGGGCCAGUGAGUUCAAGUUUCUGAAGCCGACUGUGCCCAAUUUUCAAGGCCAUUCCCCAGGGCCAGAAAUAGAACAAAUCCCUAACUUUAGUAAAGACUUUGCUUUCAGUAUUAAGUGACAAUAAUUGUUUUUCAUAUUCCAAAUAUUUUAAAUUGAUAAUAGUUCAAGGUGAUAGUUCUGUCAACCUCUCAUGAAUUUUUAAAUUAUACUAAACUUGCUUGCAAAAUCUGUUUUAAAGAAUGGUAUCUUUUCUUCAUUACUAUAAAAAGCUUAAUGGUCAUAAAUCUUGCCUCUCAAAACACUGAUGAAGUGAAUAGUUGUACAAGUCCUUGUUCUGGCAUAGCUUAGAAAUGUAUUAGGGGGGGAAAUGGGAAAUUAAUUCUAUAUAAUUAGUUCUAUUUCCUUCAGUUUUUCUUACUAGUUUUAAAACCAUGAAGUAUAUAAGGCAGUACUGUGCUAACACACUGAGUCAUGCCUAAUUGGUAAGGAAAGAGAACUGAUACAGUGAUAAUUUGGCUUUUGAUUUAUUAUGCUCUCCUAGCACUUUGAUCUUACUUUCUCUUAAAAUGUUAUACUAAUUGUGCUUCCUUUCACUAAUAUGCCGGGUUUAGUUUUAAUAUAAUUAUUUUAAUUGCUUUCCAUUUAGUUUCAUUGAUGUUAAAUGGUGGGGGGUGAUGCUACACUGUUUAUCUAGUGAGAUGAAAGGGCAUAGUAGGAAAUUUGCGUUUCCCACUUGAGAAACAUUGGUCACCUGUGACAGAAAUGCAAUAGCCACCCAAUUUCCAUUCAUCUUUUCUUCUUUAGUGACAGACCCAAAUUUCAUUUAGAGCAUUUGUGUACUUAGUCAAAAGAAGACAUUUUCCCAGCCUCCUUGGCAGCUAGAACAGGGGCAUUUGACUGGGUUAUUGGCAAUGAGAAAUAUAUAUAAAUGUUGAAGACUUCCAAGAAGUCUGUUAAAAAUGAGAUGACUCAUCUAGGAAGGGGGUCCCUUUUUGUCCUUCUCUAACUGCCCUUGCUGCUUGGAAUGUGUGAGUCAUGGUUGGAACACAGUCAGUCAUACUGAGCCAUAAAGCAACACUAAGGACAGAAGUAAUGGACCAAGACAGACAGUAUAGAAUAAACUUCAAAGAGAUAAGGAUCCCUGAUAAUCACGAAGUCAUCGUGUCAUCCCUGGGUUGCCUACUGCUGAACUUUUUUACAUGAGAAAUAAAGGAACUUCUAUCUCAUUUAAGCCACCAUCAUUUUAGUUUUGUGCUACCUCCAGUGGAAUCCAAUCCUAAUGAUUUCACAGUAAGAUUUUUGUUAAAAUAUUAUAUAAUACAGUAAAAUGCACAAAUCUCAAGUGUAUAGUUCAAUCUAACUAAUCUUUGUUAAGUUUUUAUUCCUUGAUUUCUAGUUUAAAGUAGAGUGCUUUACAUUCAUUACUUUUCCAAUCCUCUGCCAAACCUGAAGGAAGCAUAUUAUCUCCUCUUUUACAUAUGAUAAAACAGCAGCUUUGAGAAGCUAAAUAACUUGCUCACAAUUCUGAAGUAAUAAAAGGAAAAUCUGAAAUAUAUUCUGAGUCCACUUGAAUUGAGUGCCCCACUUCUUAACCCAUACGGUAGGCAUUAAUUGAUAUCAUUUUCUUCCUAACUAAGGAAGUGAAAUCCACCUACUCCACGAAUUGAACUCCUGUGUAGAAAUGUGACUUUUAGUCUAUAGCUUGCAUUUGUUUCUAUAUCAAGGACCACAGUGCUCUGGACCAAUAAACCCAAUGUUCUUACAGAAGUACUGACUUAAGUAAGCUGGGUCAGACACCACAAUCAACCUUCAUUAUGAUCAGAUAGCCUGAUUAUCUUCCUGUACCUUCACAACAUAUCACAUUCGUUGUUGCAGAAAUGAAUGUCCUGAAUAGGGAGUAGAAUUACCCUAUGGUUGUAUUUCUCCCCCAACCCCAUUUUUAUUUAAAAAUCAUAGGGUUGUGCUUCUAUAUAAAGUUUGUGUAUCUAGCAAUAUAAAAUACUGGCAUAUUUUAAAAAAACAAAAAAGAAGUGGAAACUUAGAACCCUUUUGAUUCAAUGGUCUUAUGACUUUAAAAAGAAAAAAAUGCAAGACUCAGAAUUUUGGAGUGGUUGGUGUGCCUCUCUUCAUUUUAAUUUUUGACUGGCUGCCUGUAUGUUGAUGACGAUGUAGCUGUGCUGUUUGUGCCACUGCUGCUGCCAUGGCCAUUUGAUGCUGCAAGAAUUGCAGUUGUUGGAUCUGUUGCUUCUGCUGUUGAAAGGCACUAUAUGGUUGUAUUUCUUGAGCUUCUUGUACUAUUCCUUUUUCUGUCAACCCUAACAUACAUUUCUCUAUAUUUUGAAAGUUUAAACUUGUUUUAUUGUAUACAUUUUGUAAGUCCCUUAUUCACAUUAAAUAUACUCUUUGAAAUCA